AUGGAGAUGGUGUUCGCAUUAUUAACACGAAACUUCCUCAUCAAAAUGGCCGAAUUCAUCAAGAAUAAUCCGAAAGUGUUCCGAACUUGUAUUCUGUAUGAAUUUUCGGAUAGAAAACCGAUUUUCGAAAGUUAUAAGGAGUUGCGAAAGAGAUUGGAUAACGACGUGGAUUAUCCAGAAUUCGAGUUUUGGUACAUGAGAUUUGCUCAGGGAAAAUACGAUUUGGAUUAUGAUAGAAGAUUCGAUCCAAAAACCCGCUCGUUCACUGUCUUGCCACCAAAUGUAAUGGAACGAAUCGGAAGGUAUUUGGAUUUGAGAAAUAGAUUCAAUCUCCGAAUAGCAACAACUGAAGAAAUUAAAUGUAUGAUCGAUAGUUGGGAUCCAAAAGUCACUGAAAUCGAGUACAUUCACUACUUGAAACCUCAAUAUUCUCGAGUUUCAAUGAAAAAUAAGAUAUCAUCACCUUUUGAAUCAAGAUUAUACGAAUAUUCUAGACUGGAACGUGACAAUUUAAUGAGUGUAUUGAAGAACCCGAAACUGCGAUUAGAUAAAUUGAAAAUUCGUUGUUACGAUGAGAAAUGGAGAGGAAUUAUCGAGGAAUUGAGUCAAUCGAAUCAUAAAUUACUCGUGAAAAAGUAUGAAAUGACCAAAAAAACAUCGAAAGGACCCAUCACUUUGGAUUUCCUCGAGCCGUCUGCACUUGAAGAAGUUAACUUAUACUUCACUGGUUCAGCCGAAAGAAUGAGUGAAAUUGUGAAGUCGGAACAGUGUCAAGGACUGAAAAUGCUCGCAAUCAAAAGUGUGUUUGCCGUGUUUCCAUUCGAAUCAUUCUAUAACUGUCCUCGAUUCACUCUCAUUUUUUGUAGCAAUAUUUGCGAGGAAAAACUGGUGGAAUUUAUCAAGAAUCUCAUGAACACCGCCCAUCUGGAUAUAUGCCAUCUGAAAGUUAAUACUAAAAAGAAAUUAUUCAAAACUGAACGAAUCAGACAGUUGCUGAAUAACGAGGACACAAUCGCUCGAGAUGGAUGGGAUCUUUAUCGUUGCCCGAUCCCAGAUUCACAGGAAUUCUAUGAAAUCGAUUUUGGGGUGACGAAUAUUCGUGUUGAGAAGAAGAAAUGA